AUACUUCACUGAGAGGAGAGUUGUAGAGAUCGGAAAGAAAAUCUGAUUCCAUGAAGAUUGUAAAACAACGAUAAGUAAUAGUUUUGUGUUCGGUUCUUGCGAUUUUAGCGCCUUGUUUACGCCAAGUUAGACAUGCGUGGAGAUGGUAGCUGCUGCCAUUAUUCUUGGAAAACGUUGUUUUGGUUGCUGACGUAGAUGUGGUCGAUCGAAGUUUGGGAUGUAGUUCAGAUUUCAUCUGAAGGUCGACAUUCAGACACUCCAAGCACGUGACGAGGACAGCGUCAUUUAAGCAGCAGGAUGUGAUGUCAUUUACAUGAGCUGACGUCAGACGGUUUGACGCCAGCAUGAACAAGCUACGCCAUUGCUAUUCAGGGAAGACGCCUGCACAAACGUUACAAAAAUACUCCAGUGCAGUGAUGCAUAAAAGCGGAUAAGGCAUUUUUGAAAAAUGAAAGUCGAUCCAGAAAAUCCUUCAGAGUCGGAUAAAGAAGUGACUGGGUCAUCUAGCCUUGAGCUGGCACAAACUGAGAGAACCGUCACCUCCACGCCAAUUAGAAUCCGUCCGGACUCCGUUCAUCCGCUCGACUCAGUACAAAGACCGGCACUGACAUCGCAUGUCCCCCAUAUUUAUGCUCACCCAACACCUUUUUUGACGUCCGUGCGGUUUCCGUCUCGCCCUGGUGGUGUGUUUUGGAUUCUUCGUGAUGUACGGUCAGCGCGUCAAUCUAAGCAUCACGAUGGUGUGCUAUGGUCAAGAACAAGGACAGUGCCCCCAGCAACAAGUCGUCGUCCAGCGGGAAGGAAGAUGACGCCUGUGGAAGUCUGAAUGUGAAACAAGGGGAUGAAGGCGAGUUCGACUGGAGCAAAGGCACCCAGGGUCAAAUUUUGGGUGCCUUCUUUUACGGGUACCUGCUGCUGCAGCUGCCUGGAGGGAUUCUGUCGCAGUCUAUGGGCAGCAAAGUGGUGAUUUCGGUUGGCAUGGGGACAGUGGCCAUCAUGACCCUCCUAUCGCCCGUGUUCGCCAGGAUUAACCCCUACGGAUUAUUCGCUGUUCGCGUCAUCAUCGGAUUGGGACAAGGAGUCAUGUACCCAGCUGCAAUUUCGUUUUGGGGGGCCUGGGCACCGCCAAAAGAGCGCACCCGCCUCGUUGCAAUUUCUCUGUCGGGUGGACAGCUCGGUAACGCCUUGAUCUUUCCUGCUGGAGGAUUGAUUUGUCAUGCGCUAGGGUGGGAUUACGUCUUCUACUACAGUGGAACUUUGGGUUCCAUCUUCGUCCUCAUCUGGAUGGCUUGGGUGAAGGACGAUCCACAUGACCACGACGGGCUAGACAUGGAUGAACGAUUGUACCUUUACUCCGUCGUUCAUACAGCAGAGACAAAGGGCCUCGCAAUUCCGUGGAAGGCCAUUUUCACGUCGGCACCAACAUGGGCAGUAUUCAUUGCACACACGACUGGCAACUACACGUACUACAUGAACCUGACGCAGAUUCCUACUUACAUGAAGGAGAUUCUCAAGUUCGAUCUCAAAGCGAACGGUUUUUUCUCCAUGUUGCCCUAUUUGGUGUUCUGGUUCACGACCUUUGCUUCUGGUAUCUUCUCAGACUGGCUUAUCGGUCGGGGCAUCAGUAUCACCGUCGUGAGAAAAUCGUUUGCGGCUAUAGGCCUUUUAGGGCCAGCGCUGAGCCUGAUGUUGACGUCACUGGUGACGUGCGAAUACAAGUACAUGGCUGUUUUGACUUUGUGCUUCGCUGGCGGCUUCACGGGGUUCGGCUUCAGUUCCUACAUGAUCAACCAUGGGGACCUGGCGCCCUGUUUCGCCGGCAUGCUCUUCGGCAUAUCCAACACCUUCGCGACGAUUCCAGGCAUAUUCGCGCCCACCAUUGUGGGAAAAAUAACCUCAGGGGGCACUGUUGCGCAGUGGCAGACAGCCUUCGGCAUCGCUGCUUCCUUAAACGUAAUUGGAGCCAUUACCUUCGUGCUGUUAGGACAGGCAGACAUUCAACCCUGGGCAAUGGAGAAACCUUCUAAUUUCAAAGUGUUCACAACUCGGCCUCAAGGCGUAUGACGAUGGGCCUAGCUACCCACUAAGGAUAGCGCCGACGCUUUAAAAAAUCUUAUUUUUUGUUGUUGCCGCCAAAUCUGUAAAAGUUCAGAGAUAGUGUGUGUGUGUGCGCGCGUGCGUGCAUGAGUUGGUAUGACAAAGCGGCGUUACAAGAAAGUGUUGAGCAAUAACAAAUGAUUUCAGAGAAGUAAUAGCAAUUUUGUGCCGUCUACAUUCAAUCUAGUGUUCAACGUUAAACUAAAAGGCAUUAUUAAAAAUCGCUUUAAAAACGA